AUGCGUCUUUCUGCUCCACCCGGGGCUAGAGGGCGUGGACGAGUAGGCGAUAACUGUAAGGCUGAUGCAGAUUGUGCUGCCGCGGAUCUUUCAACGUGCGAUAAAACAAUUACCCAUAAAUGUGUGUGCCCUGCAACGCACCAGGAUGUCAAUGGACAGUGUAAAACGAAAGGUCUAGGAGACAAAUGCACAGCUAACGCGGAUUGUGUUGCUGUUGCAAAGUCAAUUUGCAACACAACCGUCAGUCAUAAAUGUGAAUGUCCGGCUACACACAAAUUCGUUAGUGGUCAAUGUAAACCUAAAGUCAUUGGCGCAGUGUGUACUGCUGCAAAUGCAGCCACAGAAUGCAAUCUAAAAUAUUCAGAAUGCAAGAAUUCUACCAUCAUGACCUGUGCUUGCGUAGCAGGUUAUCACAAUAAAAAUGACCAGUGUCUAGCAGAUUCAUCGGCUGAGUCUCACAGGAUUGCAUUUUACAUUUUUGGCGCAUCUCUACUGCUGACCGUCUUUAAGACACUCUAA